AACGGAUCCUUAGUAUGGCUGCCAACGACCGGUCUACUUCCACCGUCUCCGCCGCUGUGGCGUCCAAUUCUGAAGAGAUCAGGUACAGGGGCGUCAGAAAGAGGCCGUGGGGCCGCUACGCAGCGGAAAUCCGGGACCCUCGAAAAAAAACCAGGGUUUGGCUAGGUACAUUCAACACGGCGGAGGAGGCGGCGCGUGCUUAUGACACGGCCGCGCGCGAAUUUAGAGGCGCAGAUGCCAAAACCAACUUCCCCGUUCCGAACGAUUUCCAAAUCAUCGACAUCAACAAUAACUUCCGUAAAUCCGCUUGUAGUAAUCCCAGCCAGUGUAGCACCGUCGAGUCCUCUUCCCCAUCACCGGCGCCGUUGGAUCCCGCUCUCACUUACGUCCACGCGCCGUCCAUUUCCCGCCCAAUUUUCUUCUUCGACGCGUUUGCCCAGGUGGAAAAGAACAGUGACUUUCGCCGGAUAGUUUCCGUUGCAGGCAGAUCAAGAAGCGAUUCGGAUUCAUCAUCCGUUGUCGAUUUCGACAGGACGAGAAAAUCUCGGCCGUUAGAUUUUGACCUGAAUCUUCCGGCUGUGGAAGUUGUUUGAGGAUACGUUUUCAUUUUGAUCUAAUUUUCUAAUGAAAAUUAAAAAAUUAAAAAG